CACGUGAUUGCGAUUGCGGAGUUCCUAGAACAACAAACAAAACAAAUGACAGCUGACCAGCAGACUCAGAGGACCUCAAUCAGCAGAACUGGUUUGGCUUCACGAACAUGUAUUCUCUAGAUGUUGAAGUCUACGUUAAAAGACAUGCUAGUUGUUGCCUUGCUAUCCUCCGACAGCGACUUUUCUCCAUGCAGUGCUUUGUUUACAACCCGUGAUCAGUGUUUAUCUCGGCCACACAGCCAGUCACUGGCUGCUUAUCACAAGAUAGACCUCGCCAGCUCGUCCAGCUAAUGGUUUCUGUUUGUGUGGAUGUAGUUUACGUAUGAAGACUGGAUCAGCAUCGUUUCCAUCCGGAGACAUCUCAGUCAGCUCCAUGCCAAGGUGAUCUGAGUGGUGCAAACAUUAAAGAUGGAGGCUGUGAGAGCAAAGAAGACCAAGACAAAAACCAGCGGAAGAUCUCAGCUGGUCAGGAAGCAGAAGCAGGCAGAGGAAGAUAAGAGAGCAACAGCUCCCUCAGCUGUCUGUGAUGAGGCCUUCACCUCUGGCUUCACCGACAUCCCCCUCAGUCUUCCAUAUCAGGAGCCAGUGGAGGAGCAGCCCCCUGAUACCACAACACAGCCAUCAGAUCUGCACCCUGAGACACAGCAGACCUCCUCGUCACAUACUUUAUCCACGUCAGUGUUAACUGAGCCUUUACAGUCAGCUCAGACAUCACAGGAUACAGUGCAUCUGACAGAGUCAAAAGAUGAUGAAGAGGAGGACGGGGAAGUGGCAGCUCAUGGGGCUGAGCUUAAAGUUGAAGCACAAACCACUGAGUUGGGAAAAGAGACGCAGUCAUGGAAUCAGCCGUGUGUAUCAUCUCAGUUUCAGAUGCCAAAUGCCCCGAGUGCCCCUGCACUGUACCCCUCUCUCCCAACACUGGAAGAGGGCUCUGUGAUACAGCUCUGCGAGGAAGCUGUGAAAAAUAAGGAAAAGGGACCUGCAGUGUUGGCGCUUCCUGAGCAGGAAUCUUCCCCCCCAAGUUUGGAGCCUGUGGAGUCUGUAGCAGAACUUUAUAGGAGCAAACUCUACCCAGAAUUACCCAAGACAGCUCCAGAAAUGCAGCCGUUCUCGCUGGAGCAGCUGAAUGUUUGGGAGCCCGCUGGAGGUUUGCAGGCUUGGUUAGAGGGUGUUGAAGUGUGUGCUGCCCAGUUCUGUGCUCUAGCCCGGCAGGAGAACCACGAACUGACCGAACUUCUGCAGAAUUACUGGCGCUGUCGGAGACAGCUGACCCAGUCUCACACACUGCUACAUACACAGUCUUCUGACUGCAAGAGCACACAGAAUCGUCUCUGGAGCUUCAGGGAUGAACAGCUCACUCUUCAGGGUGUGUGUGCAGAUCAGUCUAAGGUGUGUGGGUAUCACCGCUUCCAGCAGGCAGAGUUCAGUCAGAGUGUGCUGGCUGAGCUUAGGAGACUGUUUGAAGCUCGCAGUGAACUGCUCCAUCAGAAGGUGGCGCUACAUGCGUACACUGCUCUGCUGUCACGCCUCCAGGUGGAAUCAUACUUGUAUCGUCUACUUAAAGAUUGUUCUGGCAGCCAUACACAGCCUUGCUCUCUCCAACCCUUGAAAGAGGCCAUCAGUGUACUGUUUAGCUUCACUCGUAGAGUCCUGGAUGACACACAGUUCCAGACAGACAUCCAUCACUGGCUGGAGAGAUUGGUGGCCAUCCUGCUGCAUCUUGGAGGGUCAGGAGAGCAUCUGUACCUGCUGAGUCAUCUUCUAUGCUGUCCUGCCGGUGUUGGAAAGUGGGCUGCACCCUUCCUUCAGAUCCAAGUUUGGGGGAACACCUGUGGGGUGCUGCACUUUAUGCAAGCUCUGGCCGUCCUAAUGUCGCCUGCAAGACACCGUGCAGAGUUUCUGGGGCACCUGAAGCCAUGUGAGAGCCAGAGCUCAGCAGCUUCUGGACCUGAGUCUGGGAACUGGACACUAGUUGAUGAAGCAGGAGAGGAGGAUGAGGACCCAGAGAGCAGCUGGUUGUUGCUCUGUGAGGAGGAUCUGAUCUCCCUGCUGACCCAGUUUCCGUUCCAGCAGCUCUAUUCACACAUGCUCGGGAUGAGCAAAAAGGGUGUGUAUCAACCCCAGGCCUGUUCCAGUCAGAAGAUGAUGCGUGUUUUUGCCUUUGCCUCCUCACUCAUUGAACUUCUGGCUCUGGGUCUUCAAACCUACAACAGAGCACGAUACAGACAGCUGGUUAAACGAAUAGGACACAUCAUACGAAUGACAGUGUGUUAUGUCAGUGAUCACUGGGCCCAGUAUGUGAGUGUAACUGGUGCUGGUGGAUCACACUCUUUGUCUUUGGACAAACUGCAGCUGGAAUAUGACAAUCUCUUCCUCAGAGCUGUUUUACAUGUACUCCGAAACAAACGGUUGGGGAUUUGGUUGUUUAUGUCUGAAAUGCCAUAUGGGACUCUGUCCAGCUCUAUGCUGUGGAGGGUCCUCUAUGUAAUGCAGUCCACAGAGACAGCAGGACUGGAAGCACUCGGCACUGCUACUGACACACGCUCCUGCAUUCAGGCUCUUAGAGACCCAGAGCACCAGGAGAGGUUUGAGUGCUGGCUUUGUGAAGUGAACAGCUCCGAUGGCAUCUCCCUCCUCACCGCACUAGCACACAUGGCCACACCGACUCAGAACUCUGACCCCGCAUUCAUCACAACCAUAACGCUACUGAUGUACCAGGUGUCUUAUGUGAGUGUGAUGACCAGAGAAACUUAUUCUAAGGUGGGGAGAGAGUUGCUGGCUGCCAUAGCAACAGCCCAUCCCUACAUUAUCUCUGUGCUCCUGGAGAGACUGAGAGAGACCAUACAAACUGUGGGAAUGGUGGCUCUGUACUUGUGCAAAGAGCUGCCUUUGAGUCUGUGGCGCCCACGGCCAGAGGAAAUCUGUGUGAUCGGAGCCUGGCUGCUCCAACAUCCUCUGUCUGCUGUGGAGAACCGGCUGGCUUGCGUCAUACUGGAGGGUCUUAACUGGGGUUACACACAGGAUGGCUCCUUGGCCUUGUCGUCAUCUCUCCACAGUGAAGUGGCUCUGCUGGUUGCUGAAGCCUAUCAGAAGUACCUCACUGACAAACCGUACAGUGGCCUCAUAUCACAGGGAAUCAAACAGGUGUCUUACAUUGCCAGUGUCCUUCGUUUGGGCGUGUCUCCUGAAGCGUCCUUUAGUCAAUGGGCUUGGCAACUGUUGCUAAGACUGAAGCUCCAUGGCAACGCCCAGAACCCUAAAGGAGCCUGGUCGGUCCCUGCUUUGGCGUCCCACCCACCUCCAGAGCUUACACACUCUCCCAGCAUGCACUCUGUUACCAGGGCUGUAAAAGCAGGCAUCCCUAUUGGAUGCUACCUGUCCAUCGCCAUGACGACAGUCGGGCAUAGUCUUGAACACUUUUGCACUGACGGAGUUGGGUUGUUGAAGAGUCUGAUACAAUCUCGACACCUGAGAGCUGCUGUGCAUCUUCUGGAUAACAUCCUACCCCCAACCUACCCUCUCAGUUUCUACCUGCUCAAUAACUCUCAGUUUGUAAGUUGUAUCCAGUUGUUCUUGCAGUACGACAGCGUGUGUCCUCAAGGUGUGACACAGCAGGUCACUCACCGGGUCGCUCCACUGUUCACAGGAACCAACUAUGGAGACAAUGUCCGACUGCUGAACAGUGUCAUUCAGAGCCAUGUGGUGGAGAGCUCACAGCCCGGUCGUGUCGGUGCUGCAGCGGUGUUGGAGUUUUGGGUGAAGAUUUUGACUCAGCAGAACCUGUGGUACCGGGACAAAACAGUCCUGUUCCUCAUGGAUCAGAUCUGCUGUGCAGCAUUCACACGCAUUCAGGAGGAAUGUUUGCAGAAACUUCUGUACCAAGAGCAUAAGAAUGCCUUGGGUUACCAUGGAGAUCGAGGUCUGCUCUCCUCUCUGGUUGGCUGGAUUGCUGGAAAUGCCACGCCCUCAUUCAUAGAGGGCCAAUCUCUGAGUGCGGAGGUUUGGUUCGCCUGGCUGGUGUUGAAUAUGGAGGGUGUGUUUGAGGAGGAUUCUCAGCUGAGACGCUGCGUUGAACAAGAGCUCCUUUCAGAGCCCAGCAUCCCAGAACAAGCCUUAAAGAAGGCCCAGCAGAGGCUGAAGUUGCCGGUAGCACCAUCUCUGCAGCGACUGCAGGUGUACCGCUGGGCGUGUCAGGCCUUAGCCACGCCUCCUGACCACCCGCUCCUCCCCCUGGUCUGGCAGAAGUUCCUACAGCUCUACCUCAGACAAACAGGACCUGAGUAUGGGUUGGUUGCAGCUGGAUGUAUCGGCAGAAGGUUCUUCCAGACCUCUUCUCAGGCUGCUUUACUCAGAGACCUGAGACAGAGAAUACAGGAGGUGUCUGACUUCCACCAUGCUGCCAGCCAGGCCCUCAGGGUGCCUCCACCACACACCCCGUCAUCGGACAGCCAGGGCGACGAAAGCCCCGACAAUCCCCGCCCCCCUUACCUCACCUCUCCUCAGCUACACACAGAGCUGGUCAGGUUGUUUGGUGUAUUUGCCGUAUGGUUGGAUGAUGAGACUCUGCAGAAGCAGGAAGUAUACCUUCCUUCUCUUCCUCCCGAGUAUGAACCACACAGACUGGCACAGGUCAUGCAGCGGCAGCAGGAACUGUGGCUGGAGUUUGUGGACCGGGAGCGUCUGCAGUAUGACGAGAGAGAAGUUCUGUCUCUGUGGGAAAAGGUGCAGAGUGAGCCAAUCUUCUUGCAAGUUCAAAACCCCGGAUUCACUGACUACACCAGCCUCAACAAUGCAAGGGAUCGUAUCCUAUCCAACCUGGAGAAGCAUCCAGUCCCCCGUCCAGCUCCAGAGCUGCGGCAGCCGAAGGCGCCAGUACCUGAAGUCCCCACCACCUGCCUUACUGACUCUAAAGCUGUUGCUGAACUGCUGCAGAAGGACCUCAGCAUCUUGCAGGAGCAGGCCAGGAUUGCAGUUGCAGGCGAAGCACAGCAGGUGGCGAUGGAGCAGGAGCUGCUGGAGAGUCUUCCUCUUCUGUAUAAGAACCAACCAGAGCAAGUCACCAUGGCCCUGGAGUGUAAAGCGAAGGGUGGGCAGCUGUGCCAGGGACCCGCAAACAUCACUGUCACAUGUGAGAGCGUCCAGAGGCAGGAGGCAAUGCAGACUCAGAUAACGUCACUGCGCAGGGACAUCAAGAAGCUUCAAUCCGACGCCAUGGCUCCUCCACCUCAAAGCCUGGCCCAGGCUGCUGUCCACACGGAGAACUUUAUCACGGCUCUGGUGAAUAUGUAUAAGGAACAGAAAUCACCGGCAGUCCAGCAUGUUGGGGUGUCAGCCUUCUACCGGGUGGUGUCCUUUGUGUGUGAAGACACACUGCGUCAUCCCCCAACACGCCAGUACCUCUCCUCGUGUGUGGAGAUACUGGGACAGGUGUUUAUCCAGGGCAAUGCAGAGGAAUGUGGUCGUGUCCUGAAGACAAUCCUGGAGCAAAGGCGUCUUUGCCCGCUCAUUUCACCCUUCUUCACUCCAAAUUCAGCACCCAAUCAGCUCGUCUUUCUCUACCAAGACGUGGUGACAUCCUUACACCCUGACAGUGCUGAUGUCAUAUUCAUGCUGCUCACAAAGUUUGAUUUGUCUCAGUGGCUGAAUGAAGCCCAUCCCGUGUUUUCGGAGAGAACCCGUUUGCUGGAGUUGAUCCACGGAGCUCUAUGCGUCUGUGGCCGAGAUCCUGAGCCCGAAUUUCUCACACCUUUUCACCUUUUCACCAAACACUGGACCUGGCUUUUACGCCACCAUUUCCCCGAUCACUACAGUGACUGCUUGCGUCUGCUUAUGACCAGCUCCUCAAACCAGUUACUGAGUCCAGAUUGCUGGAAGGUGACUCUGCGAGUGCUCGGCUGCUUGCCUCCAUCCCGCAAUACCAAAAGCAAAGCUGAACAAGCACUCAACACCACCGAUGUAUCUGUCCGUGCUGUCGCAUCCACAGCUUCUCCCUUCAGGUCCUGCAUCAGCCUCUCCCCUCAGCAGGUGGAUGAGACAGUUGAUUGGCUGAGUGAUUACUUCCUGCGCAGUCGUCUCAGUAAGCCAGACCUCCGUAGUUUUGGCCUCUACUCAGCAUGGACUCCCUACAUCAGUGAGGUGGUUUCCUUCUGGGACCAUUUGACUAGUUGUCUUAUCAACAUGCAGCUCAGCGGCUGUGCCAGAGAGUCGGUGGGCAGCAGCAAAAUAAUGAAAGCUCUGCAGGAGCUACACAGUAAGAUUGUGAAGUUAUUUAAGCCUUGGAUCUUUCCUCUGGACGCUGAUGACGGCGGUAACCUCAAGUGCUACCCCUGGCUGGAGUCAGACGCAAGUGCGGCAGGAUGUCUUGUUGGCUUGUACGCUCAACUCACAGACACACUGUAUCAAAAGUUCAGAGAUCGUCUGCUCCCCGGCCAGAGAGGUGCUCUGUGGCUGUGUAUGAUGGACUACUGUGAGAGCUGCACCUCUCCCCAUACACCUGAGUACCUUCUCUACCUGUACCACACACACCUCCGCAGCCUGCCCUGGAGACACCUGCACCCCGACACUCAGCUAAUGGAGCAGCUAUUCAAUGUUGAGAGAGGAAGUCCCAGGAGUUGCUUCCUCUUUCUGGGAGAAGUGUUAUGUGAAGUCAACUGGGUCAGUGUCCUAAGUGACCAUCUACAAACGCCUCCCACCCUGACAACAUAUCCAACUCUACAGGACACGGGUACUCAGAAGGAGUCACACACCAUGUUAGUCUAUCUACUAUACAUGCUAGUUUUUCUGGCAAAGGAGGAACAAAUCCUGAGUCAGCAGGACUCCCCUCUACUCAGUCUACUGGUCCAAUCCACCGCUCUGCCCUGGCACCAACUGGACCUGUCGUCAUUCCAGGGCAUUCUGGGAUAUGUUGGCACCCACUACCCGCCCUCAUUGCUGCUCAGUGCUGAUUCUGCACCUCAGCUGCUGUUGAAAUGUCUGAGUGGUGCGGCUGGACUCCGGCCCCUCCCCGGAGAAGUUCCACACAGGGAGGAGACGGUGAAGGCCGGAGCCUAUGUGUGCUGGUGUGUGCAGUCUCUGGUGACUCUGGAGCAGGGAGGCAGCAUCAGCCUCAGCAGCCUGCAGGCUCAGCUGGAGUCUCUCCUGGAUGGCGUCGUCAAGUUCAACCCACCAGAGACGGGUUUGGAGCAGAGGCACAUGGCGUUCUGCAGUCUGUUCAGCGAAGCUCUAGCUUUGUUGAAUGGAGUCGGCGUCUCGACAGGCGAGGCGCUUGCUGCUCAUGUCAUUACCUGGCUGGACAGGAAGGGGAGGGGCUUCCCUAUUCUGCCUCUCCUCACAGCUUGCUCCCGCUGCCUUGCGUCAGUGCGGCACAUGACGAGGAUCAUGGAGGCAUGCAUUACAGCGUACUUCAACCACGCUGAGGAGGAGUCUGUAGGUUGGGGUCCUGUGUUGGCAUCGCUCCAGGUGCCUGAGCUCACAGUGGAUGACUUCCUCUCUGAGAGCCAAUCAGGGGGCAGCUUUCUGACGCUCUACGCCUUCAUCCUGCAACGCCUCAACUCUGAAUACACAGCAGCCAAUGAGAGGAGGACUCUGGCUUUAAUUAACACCUGGACCAAUCAAGUGUUCCCCAGUGGUCCAGGUGAUGAAGCCAAGCUGUUUCUUUGGUGGCACAAAGCGCUGAGUCUGUCAGCGGAGCAGCUGAAACUGCAGGCGGGACAGACUGAAGUGUCAGGAGUCGUCAUGGGACUGGUGAGGUUACAAACCAGGCUGCUUCAGCUGGGAGAAGAAAGACUGAACUCUGGAUUGUUAGGAGCAAUCGGCCUGGGGAAGAGGUCUCCUGUUUCUAAUAGGUUCAGGGUGGUGGUACGCAGUCUGGGAGCAUUCCUGUCGAUCCAAAUGCCAUCGGAGACGGAGCUUCGACUCCAACCCACCAGUGACUUGCAGCUCUCUGCCAAAGCACAGCAAAUGUUGGGGGUGUUGGAGGCCAUGCCCAGCAAUAAGCAGUACGCCGAGUUAGAGGAAUCUGUGAAUAAAGCUGUCCAGUUCAUCCGCUACCCAGGACACUGUCUCAGAGAUGGACCGCGACUGCUGGCCCUGCUAGCCAACCUCCUAUACCCUGACCUCAGAUACCUACACAUUAUCCGUUAACCAUGACCCAACUUGAAACUGCUGGAGAUCCAAGUGGACGUUUGUCUUGUCUGCUGCAUAUACAGUGACAGUCGACCUCUGUUCUGCACAGAGAAAACCUUUCUGGAGCACAAAGUUUUCAAGUAGUGACACUGAACUGCUGUUGCUUUUAUAUCAGCAAGAGCUACAUGUCUUUUCAGCGAUGUCUUUGUCUGACAGACCCUGACUGUUCAUCUGAGCUCGCUGUGCAUUUUGUGCAAAAUACUUUUUGACUGGUAAUCUUCAGUGAAGUGUCAUAAAACCAGUUAGAGCCAUAAGAUAUGUUAUGUGCUAACCUUUAAUCUUUACUCACACUUUGCUUUCUCAUCUCAUGUUUAUGCCUUGUUGCUCUUUAUACAACUUGCCUGUUUGUCUUCAACCCCUCUGUUCUAUUCUCGAUUUGAGCGGAAGUUGCACAUAUUUAUUGAAUCAGAAUUCAUGAAUCAGAAUGCAUGAGUCAGAAUUCAUGAAUCAGAAUUCAUGAAUCAGAAUUCAUGAAUCAGAAUUCAACGCCGGGCUUUAGGUGUGAGUUUCACACCUGCAUGUGGAAUCUAACAGAAAAAGUUGAGGGGUCCAUAGAUUAUCUGGAGAAAGUCUAAUGACAGAUCCAAUAAUGCGAUAAAUUCAGUAGUACCUUUUUAAAAUGGGGUGGAGGGACGAACCAGAAAAGCUAGCAGGCAGGGUGCAAUAUCUGAAGUCAUCUAGCUACAAGCUACAAUCUCUCAAUCGUAGAUGCUGUUCACAUACAGAUGAAUACAGUGGCUGCCUGUGUGAAAAGUGAUCAUGUUUAGUAACAGAACAUUUGCCAGUAUUGUUUUAAUGUCCGGCCAAAAGUGCUUUCCUUGUUUCUGCCAAAGAGAUGUUAUUUUAAUUUGCUCAGCUACUUAAACCUUCUUGACCAUAAACUGCAGUUGUUUCAUCUCUCUCUGUUGGCCACACAGACUGCAGCCUGAAUAAGCACAAGCACUAGAAGGCCCACUAAGCACCACUUAGAAUGCCCCACUCUACUUGGCUUCCUUAUAAAGUAGUGUGCACUGCAAUACAAAUUACUGAUGCUGUUGGUAUUACUGAGAGACCUGGAGUGUCAUGUUGUUGGAGCUGGUAAGAGACUAUGUAGAUGGUGAGGAACUGUUUAUAUAACUGACCUUAUGUUAAAGGAGCCCAGUAUAUACCUAUGCUACUGAGGUGUCUUUCCCAGAAGUGACCUGGUUGACGCGCUGGUUGUUGCCAUACGUUACCAUUAAGGUGCGUUGCUUUAAGUACAUUUACAGACAAGUUUUGUAGAAUCAGAGUCUGUUUGUUUUGCUCUGCCAUGCAUCAACCAAGUCCAUUUGCUUCCACAGACAGUCAAACACACAAUGAUAACAAAAACUGUUACUGCCAUAGUGGUCAAAACCCUUUGUCCUUCAGGGGUCGAAAACACCACCAACAACAACAACAACAGAGAUUUUAUACCUACAUACCUAAACCAGGAUAUUAGUACAGCGCCACCCAAUGUUUACACAGAGAAUAAAAGUUACAUUUCUGGAUAUUUCCAACACCAUAUUUGGCUCUUACAACCUAUAAAGACAAAUAUGUUGGUCAUGUGAAAACAAAGGCAGAUUGUAAUUCAGAUUUAUCCGACCUCCACUCUGCACUGUACGUCCAACAGUUUACACAUUUUAAUUAGCCUCAUCAGUUCACCACUUCUGUUGCUCUGUGCCAUCUCAAUAAUAAUCAUGCUGCACUUCUGCAGCCCGAAGCUCUCCUUAUUGCCUGUGUUAUGUGGCGACUGUUAAUGUCAAAAGCAUUUCUUUUUUAUGAGUCAGUGAUCAGGAAUGGGUCUGUAGGGAUGCUGGAGGAGGAGACUACAGGGCUCGGCUGCACAAAGGAGACAAGAAUAUGUUCAAUAAAGGGAGCUGUAUGUCUCACUGCUGGAACUUACCAACUCAACUCAGUGAUCGGGGACCAUAUGUAGUACAUGGAGCCUCUGAGAGCAAGAAGGCUGAUCUCGGCUCCCUCGACAGGUCACCUGGAGGGACACAUAACUGCUUUAUGAAUCGAGCUGUAAAGAAACUGUGAGAGAAAAAUAAAGACAGCACUACAGGAGACAUUGUGUAACCCCUACAACAAAACGGGCUCACAAUCUGCAAUCUCCACACAUAACACUGCAGAUGGUCAAACUGAAAUUAAAGCCUGCUUGUCUAAGAAGCCUGUUAUGACAAGAACGUACUGUGUCUUAGUAAUUUAAUUGUCAUCCGCAUCCUGCUGUUCUUUCUUUGCGAAGGUACAGAACAUGUCCCCGGAUGAAUGAGGAUUGUUCAGGAGGGGGUCUGUAAAUUGAGCGAUGCGCUUUUGUGUGCACAAAUACAUCCAGUAUCCUCAUUUAACACCACCACGUCUGUCUGGGAGAAAACCUCUUCUCUUCAGGCAACGGUGGUCUCUAUGGUUACAGGAAGGGUAGAAAGUGAGAGAGGAGGUGGAAAGGACGGGGUGUUCUGAGGCUGUGAGAGAGGAGGUGGGAGAUGCUUACAGACGCUUAGCGUUGCUUCCUCUUCACACUCCAAAACUGACUCCUGUGUUUUCUGUGAAUCCCUGAUCUGUCGCCUAUCGCCGCCUGAUAGACUU